ACUGCGCUGAUGAUGGCGGCAGCAAAUGGACAUAGAGAUAUAGUUGACGUGCUGCUUAACGUUGGCAAGGCUGACACCGACGCCAAAGAUAAGAACGGAACGACAGCACUGAUGCUGGCGGUACGAUAUGGACAUAGAGAUACAGUUGACAUGCUGCUUAACGUUGGCAAAGCUGACGCUGACGCCAAAGAUAAGGACGGAUCGACAGCACUGACGCUGGCGGCACGAUAUGGACGUGGAGAUAUAGCUGAGGUGCUA